AGGGAAGGGGCGGGCGCGGCGCGGCGCGGCGGCAACAUGGUGAACACCAGGCGGGCGGCGGCGGCGCGGCGCCGGGAGCAGGGGGGACGGGCCCGGGCGGGCGGCAGCCCCUCGGAGGCCGGGCCCGAUCCCCCCGGUGCGGCGGAGGUGGGAUCUGCUGAAAUUAGUACUCCUGUUACUAGGAGGAUGACUAAAAGAAGAACUAAAUCAGUUCAUAAGCCAGAGGUGAUUCAGGAAUCUCAGUUUGAAGAGUUGGAACAUGCAGAAACAAAGUCAGAUGUCAGUGAUAGCUUUGAGAUGCAGGUUACUAGGAGUGAGAACACAAUUGUUCAUUCAGCACAAUCAGUUGUGGAGCCCCAAGUUGAUGGGGAUGUGUCAGAAACAGAAUCAAACUGCUCUUCUGUGUCUGGUCUCCAGACACCUUUGUUUGUAAGAGUAACACGAAGACGACAAAUUGUAAUUCCUUAUCAACCAGAUUCUGCUGACAAAAGAAGACAUGACAGUACAGCUUUUGUAAAUAAGUUAAGCAGGAUUCUGGACGAAGAUAAUACCUCUGAAGCUGAGUCUUGUUCCUCUGCUGUUUCUGGUGUCCAGAUGCCUAAUGUUACCAGAACUACAAGAAGCAGGCAAAGCAAAAAGAAAUUACAGCCAAAUAGAGUUUGUGAAGCUCAGAGUGAAGAUACUUCUGAUACAGAAUCAUGUUGCCUAAGUUCUCAUACGGAACCAUCCAUCACUAGCAAACGAGUUACUAGGAGCAUGCAAAUGAAAUCACAAGCAAAAAUUACUAAGCAGAGUGGGGAAGAAGAUGGAUUUGCUUCAGAAGAUGAGAAUUUAAUUGAGGACACUGUUAAAUCUGAGCCCAUAAUAAUUUCUGAUUCUAGACCUGCAGAACUUAUCUCUGACACAGAAGAUACUUCCACUGUCAUUAAGGGUAAUAAAGAACCCACGUCACCUAAAAGCAAGCAUUCUUCCAAACCUGCUAAUACAACCCAGAGUUCAGAUGCAAAAGAAGAUGUUUUAAAUGAUGUGACACCCAGCAGUCUUACAAAAAUGAAACAAAUUGACAUUAAAUCACCUGCGAAAAAAGCAGUAAAAAACUCACAGUCUGCUGACGUAGAGCAUUCAGAAGCAGCAUGUGGCCAAAUACAGGAAGAUCAGAGUAAAAUACUUGAGAGGGAAGGGAAUCUAGAACAAAUGGAUAUUUCUUUGACUGAGUGCACGAGUGUCAAGCAAUUUCUAGAAUCCCAAGAGCAAAUAACACCAAAUGAAAGUAAAAAAAUUUCAGAAUGCAGAAGAGCAGAUGCUGAGGCAGAUGCACAGCAGUCUUUCACACAUUCUGAUAAAUCAAGGAGUAAGCGAACUAGUGCAGCGAGCAGUCUGCCAAAGGACACAGCUGUUGCUCAGAGAACUGAUAGCAUCGAUAAAAGCAGGGUGCUUGACAGUGGUGAAGACCAAACAAAAGAAUAUGAGGGGUUCCACAGCACUGAAGGAUCAAGCAGUGGUAAUGAUUCUGUUGCACUGUUUCUGAGCAACAGUGAAAGUGAUGAAUCUGAAAAGAGUGAUGUGGCAGACACAGAUACAAUUGAUGAGAAUCUGUGUUAUAAAAAGUCAGAUGAGAGGACUCCUUCCCUCAACAAAUCUUUAAAAAAGAGUUCACUGCAUGUUGAAGGUCUUUUUGUAAUUGAUACUGAGCCUGGCAUGAGUUCCAGCCAAAAGUAUUACCUAGAUGAGGUAGACCAAGACAGUGAUGCUGAAAGUAAACAUGAAGGAAAUGAAAAAGGUGAAGAAUCAGAUUUGGAAGAGGCUGAAGAAGAAUUGAUAGAUGAAGAUGAAAAAGAUGAAGAUGAUGAUUUAUUGAAAAAUAAGACUGAUGUUUUACAUCUUUCUAGCAGCAUAGACCCUGGUUUGAAUAUCAAGAAGCUUGGAGGUUUAUAUAUUAGUUUUGAUGCAAAAAAGCAGAAGCCUAGAUUGAGUAUAAUUGAACAUCUGAAGGAGAAGAAGAAAGAUCAGCUCUUGCAGAAGAGUGUAAUAACUCCAGACUUUGAAAAAAAGGAAUGUGUCCCACCCUUCAGGGAAUCACUUCACCAGCUAAAGAAACAACGCAGGGCAGAGCGAGAGAAAACAACAGGUGAUGGCUGGUUUGGUAUGAAAGCCCCAGAAAUCACAAGUGAACUGAAAAAUGAUCUUAAAGUUUUGAAGAUGAGAGCUUCACUGGACCCCAAGCAUUUUUAUAAGAAGAAUGAUAGAGAUGGUCUGCCCAAGUACUUCCAGGUUGGAACUGUCGUUGAUUCUCCCAUAGACUUUUACCAUAGUCGAAUCCCUAAGAAACAAAGGAAGAGAACAAUUGUUGAAGAGCUGCUUGCGGAUUCUGAGUUCAGAAGAUAUAAUAAAAAGAAGUAUCAGGAGAUCAUGAGUGAAAAAGCAGCUUUUGCAGCAGGGAAGAGGAAUCGGAAGAAGAAGAAAUUUCACAAUUAAGAAUUGAAGAAAAAUACCAAGCUGGAACAACUUAUAAAACUUUUUACAGAA